UCUUUCUUUUUUUUAAUAUGUGGUUUCACUCUAGUGCCUAUGUUGUAGUGCUGUCCUAAAAUCUCAGCUCACUGCAACCUCUACCUCCUGGGGUCCAGCGAAGGGAUUCUCCUGCCUCAGCCUCUCAGGCAGCUGGGAUUACAUGCACAUGCCACCUUGCCCAGCUAAUGUUUUGUAUUUUUAGUAGAGGUGGGUUUCACCAUGUUGAUCAGGCUGGUCUUGAACCCCUGGCUGCAAGGGAGUCAUGCAUCUUGGCCCCUCAGUGUUGUGAUUCCAGGUGUUAGCCACCAUACCUGGACUGUUUCCAGCAUUUUUUAGUUCUUUGUUGUUGUUGUUGUUGUUGUUGUUAAAUUUCAAGAUUUCAGAUCCAAUCAGGUAUCACAGGUUGUAUUUUAUUUUUCAUGUUUCUUUCCUCUCCUUAAAUCUGGAAAUCUUUUUUUUAUGAUUGUUUUUCCUAUAAUUGACAGUUUUGAAGAAUACAUACCAGUUGUCUAGUAGGAAUGCUCCACAAUCUGAAUUAAUUUUCUCAUGGUUAGCUUGAAAGUCAGUAUUUUUGGAAAGAAUAUGAUAUGAGCAAUGCUGUAAAGUUGCCAUUGCAUUCUAUCAGGAAGCACAUAAGUUUGUUCCACAUUUUUAAGAUAUUGUCUGUGUGUCUCUGUGUGUGUGUGUGUAAGUAAUGUACAUUGUGAAUCUCUGCAAUAUUAAUAUCUUGUUUUUCCAAGAACAUCCACCCAGUGAUUUCAGCAUUCUUUGACAAUUCCUGUGUGAAUAUUUAAUACAUUUGUGAUUAUGUAAUCAGAUUUGUAAUGUGGUGUCUUUUCUCACUCAUAUGAAGGAUUCCUUAUCUUGGACCUGAGUCUACUUUCUUCAAGAAAACUUGACUUUAUUUCAUUAAGUGGGAAGAGCAGCAGCCCAGCUAAUACGCUGAAAUGUGCAAUAGGCUGCAGCCUGUGAAGUAUUCACGGCUGUAGACUCUGAAGCUAAGGAGCUGAGAAGUUUUUAGAAGCUGCCAUCAACAUGCCAAAGCAGUAAAACUGAAAGCUAAUUCAAAUUUCAAGGUCUGGGGGAAGAUAUCUACUGCUUACUGGGACUUGAGGUCUAGAGAGUUAGGCCUUAUUAAAAUAAUUACUUUACCUACCAUCUUUGUUCAAGGCUCAAUGGCUGACCUUCAAGCAGUGGCUAGCUGUCCCAUCUGUCUGGACUACUUGAAAGACCCAGUGACCAUCAGUUGUGGGCAUAACUUCUGUCUCUCCUGCAUCGUUAUAUCCUGGAAGGAUCUAGAUGAUAGUUUUCCCUGCCCUUUUUGCCACUUUUGCUGUCCAGAAAGGAAAUUGACAAGCAAUCCUCAACUGGGUCGUUUGACUGAAAUUGCUAAGCAACUCCAGAUAAGAAGCAAGAGAAAGCGGCAGGAAGAGAAGCAUGUAUGUCAGAAACAUAAUCAGGUUUUGACCUUUUUCUGUCAGGAAGACCUAGAGCUUUUAUGUCCAAGGUGCAGUUUCUCCACUGGUCACCAGCUUCACUGUGUUUGGCACAUAAAGAAGGCUGCCUCUUAUCACAGGAAAAAAUUGGAGGAAUACAAUGCACCAUGGAAGGAGAGAGUGGAACUAACUGAAAAAAUCAUAACUAUACAAACCAGAAAAUCGUUAGAACUGAAGAAAAAGAUUAAGUCUUUAUUAGUCACUGUGUCGUCCAGGCUGUAGUGCAAUGGCUCAAUCUCAGCUCACUGCAACCUCUGCCUCCUGAGUUCCAGCGAUUCUCCUGCCUCAUCCUCCUGA